AUGGGCCUCAUCCUUUCAGGAAAGUCCAAUGGUUUCAAAAACAACUUGUGGGCGCUUAUCGUGUGGUUUUCUUCCAACUACCAGAUCUCAACAUUCGCACAGUCGACAUCCAUACCCAUAGCAAACAAGUCGGCCUUGCUGAUUGAACAACGACUACGCAGCUUGCUGCUCAAAAGCGCCAAGAGAUUAAGCCAAAUUUCUGUUUUUCAUACGUAUCCUAAACGUCCAAUGAAUCCUGCGCAGCCUCCGUCUGACGCACCCGCCGCUACACCGGUUCCCUCCGAACCCUCAGUGGCCAACUCCUUCAAGCAGGCUGCUUACGCUGUCACCCAACUCUACAAGGAGUCUCUCAACCAACAAAAGCGAUCCUAUAACGCCGGAUAUUCCCAAUGCUUGCAGGACCUGUGGCAAUUCGUGGCUCUUCAGAGAGCCCAAGGAAAGCAAGCCGUUCCUGUCACCGAUUUAGUCACUUUCUUUGCCAAAAAGUAUGAAACCCUUCAAGUAGAAAGCGCUGAAUCAAGAAGAGAAGAACCAGUGCUGUCAAAUACCCCUUCUGAAGUUCAGCCACCCCCACCAUCGACUAUAUUGCCUCAAGAACCCCUGUCAAUCAAUAACUUCACAUUCUCCCCGCCACCAACCAUACAUCAAGCAUCUCCAGUAUCACAAGUUGAGACACCGGCCGCCUUCGUACACGACCUUUCUUCACCGGCGCCGUCCAAGCGUCGAUGGAAUCAGGGACCAGGAUUUGGAAAUGAAAUGGGGUUUCUAGGACGUACCUUCAAUUGGGCAGACACGUUUCCUCUCGAGCCCACAGCGAAGCGAAGUAGGUGGAAAAGAGAUACCACGGAUGAGAAUGAUUUCAUGGAUGAUUGAAUGUCUGGAGUAGCGUUAGCGUAUCGAUUGUACAGUGUAAAUCAAGCCAUCUACAAUUCAUAUUUAUUUUUAUCCUAUAUCCUAAUCUACACGCCGUCCGGAUGGUCCAAACCUACAUCCAGAAUGUCUAAUAUAUAAAAUGAAAUCAAC